AUGAACUCUGAAGAAUGCACGAAGCGUCGAAUUGGCAUGAAUUUUCCCCCGGUGAAGGAUCGCGACGACGUUCUCAAAGCACAGAAGGGGGCUGUCACGCAGGAGCAAAUUCGUGACGGCAUGCAGGAUGACACCCCUCCUGUGGUCCGCAGUGUUUUGGAAUUGGCGCAUCUGAUGAUGAGUGGGCACAGUCAGAAGCUGCGUGCGGCGCCAGGGUACCAAGGAGGUCUAUUUUAUUCCGGAAGCCCUUUCUGUUUCGCCAGUGGUUACCGCGACGGAACUCGGCCGCGCGACAUGGAUGAAAAAGGUAAUCACAUGAAACUGAAGGAUCCCCUCACGUAUGGUGUUCUUUCACUGCCUAUUACGGCGGCGUACCUCUGCGAGUUACACGGCACCGGUGUGUUUGACUUGCACCAGCCCCUACGACACUAUUUGCCUGAGCUUGAACACAAACUCGACGCUGAAGUAACGGCGAGGAGCAUUCUCUCCUUUAGAACUGUUCUUAAUGAGCAGCAAAUAAUGAAAGACGCGGGAGUUGACAGGGUGCGGCCCCACGUUACACGGAACAUCUGCGCUGCAACGCAGCGCUAUGUGUACAUGCCAAUAAACUGCUUUUUUGCAGGGGGGUCAUCUGCGGCGCUCAGCGGGCAGGAGCAACGUGAAAAUUUUGUACAGUACUUGCGCUCGUCACCUGCCUGCACGUUUAAGAAGGUCACUACUCAUCGAGCUUACCGUUGUGGCGUGUCCCAUUUCUCUGUAGCCCUACUCGUGGCAGCCGUUGAGCGGCAACUGGGCGGGAUCAGCUUUGAAGCCUCAAUCCGGAAAGUAGUUUUCGAACCGGCUCAGAGCCACGGUGCGGGGUACGGGCCACCCAAGCUUUGGCGUGACCCCAAUGAAAUAUUCUACCAGCCGAGUGGUCUUGCACUGCAGCAUCAGGGCUUUGUCAAACCGCUCGCUGCGGGUUCACUCGACAACUGUGGGCCGCCACUUUUGAACUCAUCACUGAACCUUCACGCCCCCGUAGAGGAUUACGGUAAAUUACUCCUCCUAUCUCUUGAUGCUAUUAGGCACGCGCGAAAGGAAUUGGGUGAAUUCGACUCUAACUCGGGGGCUAUACCUUCGUACCCACAUUACGACUUUGGCGUUGAGUGGUUGGACACUGGACGCAGACUUCAACUCACCCGACGAGUUUUGGGUAUUGAUUAUAUACCAACUGCAUCGUCGUUCCGCUACAACUGCGAACACGACUUGGGUUGUUUUGGUAUAUGUAACUGUGGCACACGCGAUGCAUGUCUUCUUGGAAACACCAUCUCGCGCGUCAUCCAGCAUCUUUUUGUAAAACACAUCAUUGAAAAGGGUGUCAACCCGAUGAAGGGACCAAACCUCGACAACCCCAACGAAGGGGAAAGUGAAACGGAGCUGAAGUUCCGGAAGGUAGUAGACGAGCAGAAGUACACAAGUGUCUUCAAGAAACACGAUGCGCAUACACGAUUUUAA